AUGUCUGACGCCAACUCGGAAAAUGACGUUUUAGAACCGCCUUGCUCAAAGAAAAUUAAAAUCGACGAGCAAAAUGAGAACGGCGUGAGCGACAGUCAAUUGCAAUUGAAAGACUUUAUUCCAGUUAAAACUUUGAAUAAUAAUACAAAUAGGAAAACAGUUUGUGUUCAAGGUACAUUUAAAGAUAAAAGUGGUGUGGCUUUAGUGUUGCUCGAAAAAAAUGCUUUCAAAGAAGAAGAAUUGGACGGCAAAGGGUAUUUUGCAGUAGAUACGAAGCUGCGAACGUUUUUUCAAAACGAUAUUUAUGGUAAUUUUGAGUGUUUCCCUCGUCCUGAAAUAAACGGUGUGAAAACUACGAUUAUCUACCCAGCUACUGAGAAGCACAUAGCCAAGUUCAGUCAACAAGAAGUCCACAUAAUAUUAGAGACACCGGAGUUGUACAACAAGUUGACACUCCCCAAUAUUGAGAAGGAGCAGUUUAAUUUGCAGUGGGUCUAUAACAUUCUAGAAGGCAAGAGCGAGCAAGACAGAAUAGUCCACGACAACAAGUGUGAAAAGGAGGGCUUCGUCUUGGUUCCAGAUCUAAAGUGGGAUGGUCUCACCAAGGAGACUUUGUAUCUACUAGCGAUCGUGAGGCAGAGGGGUAUUAAAUCCUUGAGGGAUCUGAAUGAGAGCCAUUUACCGCUUUUGAAAAGAGUACGCGACGAGGGAAAGAAAACAAUAUUCUCUAAGUACAACGUGCCUGGAAGUCAGUUACGCGUCUACCUUCACUACCAACCGUCGUUCUAUCAUCUCCACAUACAUUUCACAUAUCUCAGGCACGAAGCACCCGGCAUCUAUGCAGAGAAGUCCCACCUCCUCGACACUGUCAUUGACAACAUCGAAAUGAUGGGUUCUUAUUAUCAGAGAGCUACCUUACCGUUCACCAUCAGAGAGAUGGACUCACUUUUUAAUGUUUACGAAACCAAUGGUCAUGUUGAGAGAAUCAAGCCAAAUAUUGAAUUGAUCGAUAAAUAA